GAGGUAGACGCGGAAAACAGUAAAAACCUGACCAACGACAGCCGUCGCAUGUGGCAGAUUACCAAGGCCGUCGCUACGCCCUCGCACCCAUGGUCCAAAUUUUCCACGGGCAGUCUCCAAACCCUCAAGGAGGACGUACCUCCUGCUUUUGACCUUCGCGACGCCCUUUUGCGCUUCUACGCCGAGCAUUACUACGCGGGGAAUAUGGCCCUUGCCCUGGUAAGCCGGGACAGCCUCGAUGUCCUUGAGGGGCACGUGCGGGACAAAUUCGGUGCCAUUAGGGACAGAGAGCCGCUGGCAGUCAGGGAAGGCGACGGAGGGAGGACGGCGGCAGUCCGGUUCAACAACCCCUUCCAGACGCGCGUUCUGCCUCUGGCAUCCAACCACACUCCCAGCGACGGCCAGAGGAAUGCCCUCUGUCCCCCCACCCCCAACCCGUCCUAUACCAUCUCGGGCGACGACGACCCCAGCACAGGGCGCCUCCCCUCUGUCGCCCCCCUUGGCUUGGACGCAGGCAUGGAUCAAUGCCCCGCCGUGCCGCUCAUACGCAUUGUGCCGCUGCGCGACAAGAAGGAGAUCCGGGUGACCUGGCCCCUCCCUCCUUCCCGCCCUGCGUACCGCGCCCCUCCCACGCGGCUCCUCUCCCACCUACUCGGCCAUGAGGGGGAGGGCUCCAUUUUCUCCGUCCUGCACAGGGCGGGCUGGGCAAGCGGGGUCCAUGCAGGCUUGGGGACGUCGCAAGACGAUUUCUGUUUGUUCGAGGUGACGGUCGCCUUGACAGAGGAAGGGCUGCCACACUGGCAGGACGUGGCAAGUCUGAUUUUCCAAUACGUGCACUUGAUCGGCCGUGCCUCCCCAGAGGAACUUCUGGUCCUCUGGGACGAGCUUCGCGUCAUUUCCGCCACCGCAUUCCGCUUCCAGCAGAAGUCCUCCGAAUAUUCCUAUGCCGCAGACCUGGCAAGGAGGCUCCAGUACCAUCAGGACAGGCACGUCCUGAGCGCGGGGCACUUGUUCGAUCCCUUGGAAGAGGCCUCCCUCUCGGCCUGCCUGGCCCAUAUGACGGAGGAGAAAGCCAUUCUAACCCUUUCGUGCAAGGACAAUCAGUCACGCUUCUUCCAUCGGCAUCGCCUGGACCUGUCAGCGGCGCCACGAAACUCACCCGCCGUGCUCGACCUCGUGGAACCCUGGUAUCAGAUUCCCUACCAGCUCGAGCUCUUCCCGGCCCACGCGACCCGGGAAUGGGCCUGUGCGCACGUCGACUCCUUGCACCUUCCCCGCCCUAACCCGUUCGUCGCGGAGGAAUUCGAAAUCCUUGCCCCAUCCUACGAGCCACCCUCCGCCACACCCUCCCCCCCCGCCUUGGUCUUUGCCAACCCCUGCGUCCACGUCUGGCACAAAGUGGACCUUUCCUACAAGCAGCCUCGGGCCCACAUCGUCCUCGAAUUUGCCACGCCCCUUCCCCAGCGGGAUCCUGCCGCCGCUGAGCUCUUCGUCCGGUACCUGGAGCAUACUCUCGCAGAAAGCACCUACGACGGCGUGGUGGCGGGGCUCGGAUGGUCUAUCAGUAGCCAUGCGCGUGGCCUGACCUUGAGGUUCUCAGGCUUCAGCCACAAAGUCCAGACCCUCCUCCACAAAGUCCUCGAGUCCGUCCUUACCACCGACAUUCACGACGCGCUUUUCCGAUUGACCCGUGAGAAGGCCAUCGACGCCUACAGGAACAUCGCCCUGGCCCGGCCCGACGAACAUGGGCAGAUGUUCCUCUCCCUUCUCUUGACCGAAGGACGCUGGGCGUGGAAGGAAAAACUUCAGCGUUUGGAAUCCCUGCAGGCCGAAGACCUCGCGCACUUUCACCGGGAGCUGAUGGCCCGGAACUCCGUGACCCUGGGUGUGUUUGGGAAUGUGAGCGAGGAAAGUGCCCUUGGAUUAGGGGAGCUGGUGGAACGGCUCAUGCGGAGGAACGGGCGUUUCGAGCCCCUGUGUCCUAGCUUGCAGCCUUUUAGCCGCGCAGUCAUGCUCGACGCAGGCGUCGACCACCGUCUCUGCGCCAUCGUGCCCAACGAUGCCGACACCAACUCCUCCCUGAGCACCUACUUCCAAGCAGGCCUGGUCACGGCGGCGCAGACGGCGCAAUUGAUGUUGCUGGCUCAGAUCAUGAAGGAACCAUGCUUCACGCAACUCCGAACCCGAGAACAAUUGGGAUACAUCGUCGGGUCCGGCGUGAAGAGUAUGUGGUUUCGGUCCAUGGUGGCCGGGCUUUCCUUCCGAGUCUUGUCCAAGACGCACGGACCCGAAGACAUCCUCGACCGGUUGGAAGCUUUCUUGGGCCAGUUCCACCGAGAAAUCCUGACGGUGCUUUCUUUAUCGGAAUUGGAGAGGCAUAAAGAGGCUCUCAUCACAAAUCUACUGGAGCCCCCGAAGAAGAUGGUAGGAGAGGCUAGCAUGCACUGGGAGGAAAUCGUGAACGGGACUUUAGAAUGGAAAAGAAAUCAGCUCUAUGCGGAUGGAGUGCGAGAAGCGGGGCGAGAUGACUUGAUUGAGCUAUUUGAUAGCGUCUGCCUCAACAAGGAGAAGCGUCGGGUGGUCAGUGUUAUGAUGCACGGAAAGCAUCAUCGUCCCAUGAGGAUUCUUGGAGGGGAGGGGACCACCGGGAAAGAUGGACCCAACCUUCGUGGGCGAGUUGUCUAUCUGAAGGAGGAGGACUGUCUGGCCUUCCGGGCUGCUCAUGCCCUCUUCCCUUGUUCUCCCAGUAUGUUCACGAGCAAGUAUUAG